CCUUCAUAUUUCCUUUUAUCAGUUAUUUUCAUCCCUAAUUGAAGACUUCGUUAUAGUAACAAUUUCGAUUGAAAGGAUCUUUCUUUCCAAACAGAAGACCAUUUAAAUACAUGUAUCCUGCUUUUUCCUUUUAUAAUCACCAUGAACAGGUAUUCUCUUGGGACGAAAUACCCUCUUGAUUUGUCUAUAGUUUACAUUCUUAAUUGCAGGCAACAGCGUUUUUACUGUGUCAUGGAAUAAUAUGAACAAUAACCAUAACUUUGCCAUCAUACUAAAACUCACUAAUUCUUUGUUGCGUUAAGGAACCAUGCCAACAAUUUAACUCUAGAAAAGUGCAUACAAUAUCAAACAUAAGAAACUAAAAAUAUUGCAAUCAAACUAAAACAAUACCAGUAAUGGCACAAGUUCUAAACAAUUAUGCAAAUGCUUACUGGUUCUCUAUUAUAAAAAGGAAGCAUACUAAUAUUUCUUGUUAAUUAAAAAUAAUAGGCUCAGUGUUCAACAAUAAUAGACCAAAAAGUACAAUACUCUAUAUUCUAGAGAAUUUUUAAAAUAUCAGUCAGGUUCCAAAUAACCCCUAAUAUGUCAAAUUUUUAAACAUUUCUCUUGUAAAAUUCUUAUGAAAGUAAAAUUUUAUAGAAAUGGACAACAAAAUAAUCAUAAAUGAAGUUUGUAUGAAUUUUAUUUGAAUCCAUAUAGAUAAGAAACUAAAGAGUUGAAAAAAUUCUUUUUAAGGCAAACUGCUAGAUAAAAUCUCACCAGAAUCUAAAAUAUAAAAAAAAAUAUUCCUUGAUUAAUGAGAUGAAUAAAAGAAAUUGAAUGAAAUCGAAAAAUUAAAAGUAAUACUGAAUUAUUGCAAAAAUCUUGGUAUGAAAUAUCCUGUUUAAGAAUCGUCUUUCUUUAUUCUACAUGGUCUAAAAUAUCUUGGGACCAGUUUUUUUAAGUUAUAAAAAUCACGAAGAAAAAUAUAAAAAAGGAACAAAUCUAUGCUAAAUAUGUAGAUAAAAGGUUAGUAGUGCUUAUAAUAAUGUUUGAAUCUGAAAAAUUAUAUUUUUGAUGAAUGCAUUAUAUAUAUUUAACCCAUUAACCCUUUAACCCCCAUUGACGCAUUUGGACGCACUUUGAUAAUACAUGUAUUAAAAGUUUAAUUACUCGCUUAUUUUAUAUCGUAUGAUAAAGAACUAGAUAUCAAAAGAAAAUACAAAUCCUCAGGAAAACAGGAGUAAUUAAAGAAAAAUGAUUAAUAACUUAAAUAAUAAAUCAUAGUUAAAAUUUAAAAUGAUUUUUAGCUCUACAUUUUGAAUGCGCAUUGUCGGACAAGGGCGGCUUUUACAUCUCGAAAGCACCGAUUAAAAUAAAAAAAAUCCCCGUAAUUAUUAAGUAAACAAGUAAUUAAUCACUUUUUAUAACAUCCUUGAUAUUUUUUACACAUGUUUCAUGUGAUGUUUUUAGAAGAACAAAAUUAUAAACAGGGUUCAAUAGUAUUACGUUGUUGUACAUAUAUUUUUUAGUUUUCAUUCACACGGUAUAACGUUAGGCUAGUAUCGAUUGCAUUACGUAUUUAUAUUUGUAUAUACAACUAGAAUGGACCAAGCUAGUAACUGCUUCUUAUAAUCAUAUAUAUUUUGUCAACAUUUUAUAAAAUACGAAGUCUUUUGCCGAGAUCACAACAAGUUGAAUUUAUCUCCCUUUUCCGUUACUACGCUACAAUGUAAACAUUGAACAAGCGCGGGAUUUCCGAGUAGAAAUGGAGAACUGUUCAUCGGAUGACGAUAGCGAUACCUUGUCUGAGGGUUCAGAUCUCCAGCUAUUUAGUGAACAUGAAUUUUCAUCGGACACAGACAGUGACGAUGAUACACAGCAGACAGAGUCAUCAAUGGAGCCUGACAGCCAACAAUCAGAAGCAACUGAUGAUGACUUCUGGUCUUACGAUCUCCACCCAGUGGACAUAGCACCAUUUACUGAACAAGUAGGGCCAGAUCAUACUUUACUGCCUGACAAUGACUUGUUGAAGUAUUUUUAUCUUAUGAUAAACGAAGAUUUCUUUGAAACCGCGGCUCAGGAGACGAACAGAUAUGCAGAACAGGAAAUGACUCGCAAAGGUUCCCGCGAUUCGAUUUGGUACCCCACAACUAGCCCAGAAAUGAAAGCUUUCUUUGGACUGAAUAUCAUUAUGGGAAUAAAUCAGUUACCUCGCAUCGAUAUGUACUGGUCGGAAAACCCAUUUGUUGGAAAUGAAGGCUUCAAGAAAUGCAUGACAAGAACAAGGUUUGAAAAAUUGCUGCAGUAUCUGCACAUAAAUGACAACCAGGCUCAAGCACCUGCUGGAUCACCGAAUUAUGACAGACUUCAUAAAAUCAGACCACUUAUCGACAUGACAAGAGGAAAUUUCCAGAAGUUUUACAAACCAGGGAAGUGUCAGAGUAUAGAUGAAGGAAUGAUAAGGUACAAGGGACACCAUUAUGCACAGCAGUACACGCCAGGAAAACCAAUAAAGCGCGGUCUAAAGAUAUGGAUGAGAUGUGAAACAAGUGGCUACACCAAUGAUUACAGAGUGUAUCUUGGUAAACAUGAUUCAAUGUGUGGCCCAUCACUAGGGGAACGAAUCGUCAAACAUUUAUGCAAGCCACUGAAGUGGAAAGGUCAUCAUGUGUUCUUCGAUAGAUAUUUCACUUCUAUUCCUCUUCUCCAAACUCUUGAAUCCUACGGUGUUUAUGGUUGUGGGACUAUAAUGGCAAACAGGAAAGGGUUUCCCUCACAGCUGAAGAACCCACACCUUCCUGAGAGAGGAGAUGCUGAACAGAUGCAACAUAAUAACCUUGUUGCCACCGUAUGGAAUGAUGCUAUACCUGUUCACAUUGCAUCUACAACAUCUGACCCUCUCGGAGAUGGCCCAGCUCAAAGAAGGGUUCGGGGUGGUGGUGUUAUCAUCAUUCAGCGCCCGCCUGCAGUUGAGCACUACCAACAACACUACUAUGGUGUAGACAGAACACAACAGUACAGAUCCAAGUGUCCAGUUGGCCGUCCAUCCAAAAAGUUUUGGAAGUAUCUGGUCAACUAUAUUUUUGAAAUUUCUCUGAUCAACACAUUCCUUCUUUGGUUUGAAACCCCAGGAACAAGAAAACCAACAAAACAUUUCUCUAUGGUUGACUGUAACUCGUCUAUCGCGGAGAAACUUAUUGGUGAUUUCUCUAGCAGAAAGCGGGCACCUUCAUGUGGAAGGGGAGUUGCAGGUAUAAGUGUUGCUAACAUCAACCGGCACAUCAGCACAAAGUUGACAAGACCGCGAGGAAGAUGCAAACAGUGCAAGAAGAAUGGCAGAAGAAGUGACACUUUUUUCGGUUGUAGCAUUUGUAAUGUACAUCUGUGUAGAGGAGCUUGUUUUCAGGCCUAUCACACUUAUCAUCACUUGCUUAUGGAAUAGGUUUAUAUAUAAUGAAAUGUCUGUUUCUAAUUGCAUGUUUUGUUCAAAUAAUACGCGUUUACUUUAUUUGGUGGCUACAAGCACUUAUCUAAUCCACUCAGAUGGUUUGCAUUUUUUAAAGAUGUGAUUUUGUCGUGUACCAUGUAUUUUUAAAACCUAAAUCUAAAAAAUAAUCUAAAUAUGUUAUUGAAAAGAAAUAAACUAUUCAUCACUGUGUGUUGGUAACUGUUGCCAUGACAACCAUUUUUAAUUUAUGUACAUGUAUUUCAUAUUUCUAUUGUUUACCAAAGCUGAAUUCUUUAUUCAUUGAUUUUCUUGAAAAAUUGAUAAAACUUCUUCGUUUCUUUCCAUUUGAAUUUUGUUGUAUUCAUAACGAAAUAAUUUUAUUGAGAUACCUUAAUAAGCUUGUGGUCUUGUUGCUAUGGUAACUAUUGUUUGUGCAUUUUCAAGAAUGCAUAAUUAGAAAAAAAUAUAUCGUCGGUAACAUUAUAUACCACAUUGUAGACUGUUAUUGCCUUUUUUGGGUCACUAAAGACACACUUUGAAACUUUAUUACAAUUGUUUGUUGUUACUUUUAUUUUGAUCAGAAAAUGCCAAAUGUUGCGCAGAGAACAUAAAAAAAAGUUGUUUCAAAUUGUUUUGAUUAGAAUUACAGCUGUUCAAUAAUACUUUACAAUGUAUUUUUCUGUAGAAUAUUCUGUAUAUUACUUUAUCAUUCAAUAUGGUAUCAAAAUAUUCCACUAUUUAAUGAAAAAUCUAUGAAAAAAUAUUAUUUUUAAGCCCAAAACGUUGCCAUGGCAACCGCAUAUUUGACUUUUUGUAAUCAAAUUUAAAAUCUGCAAAAAAAAUGUCUUUCAUUCCAUAUAUAAUUAUUUGAUUAAAAAUAUAACCAGUAUUAAGUUAAAUUCAAUUUGUUAUUAUAUAACUUUAUCUUGGUAAAUUGUGAAAAGUUCUGGGGGUUAAAGGGUUAAAACAAAAUGUUUGUAGUUGCAUUGCCUUUCACUUUUUUAUUUACAAUGGCAAUUAUAAACAACAACUAUACGCCUAUUAAUACAUACAUAAGAUGUCCAUAGUGAUACAAAUGUACGUGUGGUAAUUAAAAACAUGCUCCUUUUCAGAAUUCUGUCGUUCUCUCAUUUGGCUUGCAAAUCCGGCUUCCACUACUAUUGCUACCCAGCUAUAUCUAUUUUAAUUAAAAUACAUUAGCUUUCACUGCAAGUCUUUUAGUGCAAAUGCUUUACAUUGUGAAGUUUGGAUCAGUUCAAGGGAUCGUAAUCGAUGAUACGGUACUUAUGUGUUUUUUUCAUCAUACAUAUAUACAUGUAGUUUAAGUGAAAAUAUUGUAUCUGCGUACCUUUAUCGAUAAUCAUUCAGAUAUUAUGAUCGUAUGUUGCAGAUGACUUUACAAGAAUAAAUCGCCGAUAACA